UUUAAACGGUAUCACCACAAUGACAUUGGAAACACUGUGCGCCGAUUGGCUACACUGUACCUACUUAGCGUAUCGCUAUUGGCCCAGCGCCUUAUUAUUUAGUUUUCGACGUUUUCGCCCGCUUUAAAUGACAACUAACUGAUUGUUAUAACUGUUUGUUUAUUUACUAUAGUUUCAAUUUUUGAAAUUUGAAUCCCAGACUGCUAGACACCAGUAUCACACAAUUAAUUUUUUGUAUUUUGUUAUUUUUUUAAUUUUAGUUUUGUAUUCCCAGUUAUUACAGAUGUAGGACAUACUUUGUUAUUAAUUGCUGUUUUUUUAUGGUCACAACUUGAAUUCUGUACCGAAAUACUUCGGUGACAGAACGAUUGAACGAAACAGCCAUCUCGGCGUGUUGAAGUCUAUAUUUCGCCGUCCAACGAAUCCGAUAACUACUGCUAAUUAUAUAAAAUUGUUAUAAUUCAAAAUGAGCAACCAAACAAGUUCAACUGAUUCAGCAUUUAAAAUGCCUAUGGCACCACAAUUUUAUCCUUCUCAAUCUGAAUCUUUACUUUUCCAAGACAUUAUUGAAGAGAAAGCUGCUGCACUUCGCAGUUUAUUAAAUGAUUUUUUGAAAGUGCAACCGUAUCGUAAAUUUGAUAUUGAAUUUAAUUCGUUUUUGAAACGUAUAAAACGCAUUAUCAUUGAAGGGCAUCGUUCUGGCUCCAAUGUUUCUCGAAUUACUAAUUCAUCACAAAUCGCGCCACUUUAUGCUAGGCCAUCAGCAAGUUUCAAUUAUAGGCCAUCAGCGAGUUUUAACUACAGACCACCAACAACUAUAUCAAUGGUUAGUUCUAGCGAUUAUGGCACAUUGAGAAUACCAGAAAACAAUUUUCAUCCCAUUGAACCUAGAGAACUUUCAAAUCCAUUUAAACCACCAGAUUGUCUUCAACCUAGAGUGGUAUUAUCUCGUAUUGACCAAUCUGGUCACAAUUCUCACGAGUCUCCUUCCAUAAGUGCCACAAUUAUUGAAGUUAGCCAAAAUCAUAAUGUAACUGUUAAAGAAAAAAAUACUCCUGAAAUUACUCGUAAAUCUAAAUCUUUAUCAAGAAAUGAACCACCUGCACAUAAUGCAUAUUCUGAUGUAACAUUUGAUGAGAAUAAUCAAAAUGAAAAUGUAAAUGAUGACAAUAAUUCAAUAGAAUCACUUCUCGAAGAUGUUGGAUUUAAAAUUAUUGUUGGAUUAACAGAAAAUAAUGAGACCAACAAAAAAAAUAGUGCAAGUCAACAUCAUAAUAAUAAAUCAAAUAUGUUAGGAAAUGUUGAGAGAUUUUUAUCCAUGUGGUCUUUAAAUAUGAAGCAAAUCAAAACAUCACAACAAUCUAAUAUUUCAAAACAUGUUAUAAUUUUAACUGGUAAUUUGUUAGGAGAAGAUAAGCUUACAGUUGUAGAAAAACGUCAUGAAGCUGGCAUUUUAGAAGGGCGAAAAGAAAAUAAUUUAGUUAAGACAAAAAAUGGACUAUACCGUUUAGUUGGCAAUAUCAUUGGUGGGUCACCUAAUGAAUUAUAUCAAACAUGCUUAUCCAUCAAUGGAGUUCCGAGGACAUGGAGAAAUAUUGUUAAACAACUAACUGGGACUGGAAAUAAAACAAAAAAUGUGUUUGAUUUUUCAAUAAGUUCUCCUGCUGGACCAAUUGCCAAGCCAACAAAAGCCGUUGUGAAUCUUGAUGCAAGUAUGACCAGAAAAGGAACAACUUACAGUAAAAAUAUAACUCUUGCAAAUCAUAAAAGAAAACUGUCUGAGUAUGAUGAAACUGAAAAUCAUAAAAUUAAACAUCGAAAAUUUGGUGAACAUUUACCAUUAUUACUAGCAUCCACGCCAAAGAAACCAAAAAAACAACCCACUAUGUUUGAAACUCCAAGUCAAAUUUUGAAAAAUAAAUUUAGUCAAAAUAUAUGCAAUAAUUCAAACAAACAACGAAAGCUGAAUAAUGUUAAUGAUUCUAUCCAUAUAAACAAAAAAAGAAAGUCUCAAUCAAAAGAACAGACAAGCACGUUUUUGAAGCCGAAAACCCCUGAAAAAACAAUGUUAAGUAAUAUUAACAGUACAAAAAAUGCCAAACAAAUAUCAGGAAAUUCUUCUCUGGGCAACAGAAGUAACACCAAACUAUCUAAUCAAACAUCAAUAAAUAAUUCAAAAUCGACCAACAGUAUAAAUAGCAAUGCCACAAAAUCAAAAAGUAAAACACUAGAAAACUCAUCUAUGUCUAUAAGAAGUUUGAACAACUCUAAGCAACAAUCUAAAAUGAAAACGUCCAUAAACUCCACUAAUCGCAGUGUGGAUAAAUCUAAAGAAAAUGUAAAAGCCAUAAAACAAACAACACCAAAAUUACAAAAAGACAGAAUAGUUACAAAACAUGUAAAAAUUGUGAAAGAAGUUAAAAAAAAAAAAGUAUCAGUGUCAGGAGCUGCUCUUACUAAAAUCAAUAAGAAAAGUGUUAAGACAAUCAAACCUAAGGCAAAAAUAUGUGAUGAUAGUUUGAACAACUCUGACACACAUCAAAAAUUAAAAAAAAAUAAAUCUAAAACAAAAGAAGUGCAUUGCCUCAAUGGCUCAUCAACAGAAUUGGACCUUUUUGAUUGUGUAGAUCAUCGUGAUUAUGGUAAUAUAAGCGAUUAUAAUGUUAUGGCAUCACCAAGCAAAUUAAGUGUAGUAUCAGGUAAUGACAAAUCCAGGAGUGUGACGCCUCCAUUAUUUAAUUAUCAAUGGAGUUCAACUGCCAAGUCAUUAGUUGCUAGUGAACCACCAACCCCACUAAGUAAAUCAGUUGAGGCCAAAGCAUUAAAGCGUGUCAAAGCACCUAAAAUUACUCUAGAAGAUGAAAUUAAGUAUAACAAAAAGAAAAAUAGCAAACGAUCUAUUGAUUUCAAAACAGUCUCUAAUAAAAUAAACAAAAUGUUAGAAUUUGGUGAUGGAUAUGAUGAAGAUUAAUCAAUAUUUUUUGUAUUUUUGAUGACAUGUCUUAUUUUUUUAAUAAUUGAUUUUCCUUAUCCUUUAACAUCUUAGUUAAAAUAAUAUGUAUUUUGGCUUAUUGUUUAAUUUUUAAUUAUUAUUUAAAAAUAUAUGAUUGAAAUAGAACAUAAUUUAUUAUGAAUUACUACAUUCAUUGUCUUUUUAAGCAAAGCUUAUUUAUAAAUAUGUGUUAGAGAUUAUAUACCCUGUUAUUUAAAUACAUUUGUAUUAUUCACUUUCAUUAUUUUGUUAUGAUAAUAUGUUUAAUAUAAUUUUUUUCCUUAAUAGUAUUACUAUAGUUUGUAAUAUGUUUUCUUUUAAGAUAAGAAUUCUAAACAAACGUUAAAGUAAAUUAGGGAUUUAAUUAUUAUAUACGUAAGGAUUAGUUUUUUAUUUUUGUAUCCAAUCAAGAUGUAACUUGGUAUUUUUGCAUUUUUUUUUAAAAUUUAGUAUUAGUUAAGUACAAAUUUGAUUCAAGUCAUUACCAUCAUAACUUUAGAAUUGUGCUUAUUAUUGAAUUGUUUAGAUGUUUGUACAUAUUAUGACUGUUAAUUUGUUUUUAUUGCAUAAUUGGUUAAAUUAUAUACCUGUAAGAUACUUGAAUUUAUGUAAAAUUAAAUUUUUUUUGUGCAUUGAAUUCAUGGUCUUGUUCAAGAAUGAGAUAGCAGGCUUGGAAGUAUGUGGCUAAGGUUAAAUUAAUAUUAUAAUCCUGUGGCAUAUUUAUUUUUUAUUAGUUAUACAUUAAAUUAUUCAAAGUAUUAAAAAGAUGAAAAAAUUAA